CCGGGAACACAGCAGCAGCAGCUCGAACUCCCUCAAACUUUAACUCUCAUCGAUCGAAACUGUUUAUCAUUUUUAUUGUUAAUAUUAAACACCAUUAACUUGGGUUAAACUCUUCCGCCACAUUAAAACUCUUGAGUGUUAAACUGUAUCAUAUGGACUUUAUUUAACUGCUGUUCGCGCUUCGGCUGGAUUUCAACAUCAUGACGCCUGACCUGCUGAACUUUAAGAAGGGCUGGAUGUCCAAACUGGACGAGAGUGGAGAGUGGAGGAAACACUGGUUUGUGCUGACGGACGCUGGACUGAAGUACUAUAGAGAUUCAGCUGCAGAGGAGAAGGAUGAAGUGGACGGAGAGAUCGACCUGAAGUCAUGUGUGAAGGUGUCUGAGUUUGAUGUGGAGAAGAACUAUGGCUUUCAGAUACAGACGAGAGAGGCUGUGUUCACACUGUCUGCCAUGACUGCAGGAAUCCGCAGGAACUGGAUUGAGGUUUUAAAGAAAAGUAUUCGACCAAACGGCUCUCCGGACCUCACACAAUUGCCCGACCACAGCGCUGAAAAAGAAAACAUGCGACACACUCCGUCACGCCGACAUCACAGCCAAUCAGAGGCCGCCUCCAGCACAAAUCCCACUCACUGCAAAUUUGACUAUGUGGAACUGUCGCGUGUAGCUCCGCCUUCUACUCCCACCUCAGCCAGUCAGAGAGAGUCCGGGGAGGGACAGGUUAGAGAACACAGCCAAUGGCAGGAGGAGAGAUCGCGUGACGCCGCUCAAAGCCAAUGGGAGGUCUCACGGAAGGGGGCGGGGCAGCUGACGGAGCAGAGGAGACUAGAAGAGAUCGAGAGGAAAUGGGCGGAGUUUGAGCAGCUGCCUCUCAAAGAGACGAGGUCCUUUCCACCAAUGGGAUCCCGGCCUGGCCCGUCAUCCAAUCAGGCUCUGGAGAGGGAGGUGGCGUCUCUGAAGCAGCAGCUGGUGAUGCUGCAGGGGGGGAGGGAGGGGUCACAGGCGGGGUGGGCGGGGUCAGGUGGGGCGGAGUCUCGCUGCAUUGAGAGUUUACAGCAGAUGGAGCGAGUCCACAGGGAGACGCUGGAGGAGAUGGAGAAACAACACGCACAACAGAUCAGAGCUCUGGAGCGAGAGAGAGACACACUGCUCCGAGAGGAGACCGAGGCUACAGCACGAGUGAUGAAAGCAUUGCAGACAGCACAUAAAGCAGAAAUGGAGAAAACAACACAACACGCAGAGAGAGACGGAACAGACACGCACACACUGGAUAAACAACAACAGGCAGAGGUAGUGUCUCUCAGGAGAGAGUUGGAGAGUUUGUCUGAGCGAUAUUCUCAGAAGUGUUUGGAGUUGAAUGAAGCUCAACAGCACAGUAAAGAGAGAGAGAGACAGAUCACCCUGAGAGACAGACAGCUGGAACAACUCAAGAGAGACAACCAGGAGUUACAGGUUCGUCUGUCAGAGGAGAUUAAGGUCAUUGGCUCAGUGGUCAGAGGUCAGGGGUCAGAUCCUGACUCUAGCGAGAGGUCGUGCGGUGUGACACAGGUGCUGUUGAGGGUGAGAGAGAAUGAACUGCAGUACCUGCACAAAGAGCUCAACUGUCUGCGCAACCAGCUGCACCUCCUCACAACGGAGAAGAACUGUGUGUGUGAGCAGUACGGUGAGGUGUGUGAGGAGUUGAGUCUGAUGAAGAGCAGAAGUGAGAGAGAGACGGAGACGCUGAGAGAACAUCUGAGAGUGGCACUGAACGCACUGCAGGACGGACAACACACACACAACAGCCUGCAGUGACACACACACAGCGGGAGGAGCCUGAACAAUCAUGUGCCUUUCAUUUCAAUCCAAUCAGCUGCAGGGAAAGACCUCGGCCAAUCAGUACACUGGACUAAAUCUUCUGCACUUUUCAUGUCUAUGAGAGAUGAUGUGAGACGCUUUACUGUCAGAGUAGCUAAUACUGAGUAACUGGAUAACACCUGUGUGUGUGUUUGUAGUGUUCACUACUUUUGUGCCACAAAACCCAGCGCUUUGCUUUAAUGAGCCAAUGUUUCUUAACAUGUUUCUUGUUCUUGUUUUUAUAUUUAAUUACAGAAGUUUACAGUGUGUCUAAGUGUAACAUGUUACAACCAAUAAAAGAUGGCUUCUUCACUCCA